AUGUUUACUAUCUCGGCCUUACCUUCAAGGCAUAUUGCGUCGGGGGAUGACUACUAUGACAAAGUCCGGCACCAUCCGGACGUAAUGAAUCUGGAAUUUGAGGCUGAUGAUGAGCUCAAUUCGACAGCUUCACGACUGACGUCCCCCGGAGAGCCGAUAACUUCUAGCCAGGCAUUUAUGCGUGGACAUGGAACAUUUGUGGAGGAUGAACAAGUUAUCGCAUCAGUGGCUGGGACAGUAGAAAGAGUGAAUAAGCUUGUUUCUGUCAAACCCGUGAAGUCAAGAAGUCGGAGAUCUGGUAGUCGGACGAAUUACAGAGGCAAGUCCAAGGUCCAAAAUAAGCGGUGGAAAGUGGACGUCAAUUCUCGCCAAGACGGUCUCCUCAUGUUAUCUUCCGUAAACCUUCCUGGUGGUGUACAGCGUCGUAAACUAGAAUCGGACGAACUCCAAAUGCGUACCUUUUUCGAAGAAUCCGAUCUUCUUGUCGCCGAAGUCCAGUCUUUAUUUAGCGAUGGUAGCAUCUCCUUGCACACCCGAUCUCUUCGCCUGCCGUGCGGGGUCGACUUGAUCCUAGGGUUGAAUGGGUACAUUUGGGUGAGCAAACACGUCAAGGAGAUUAACCAGGUCGGCGAGGAGGGAUUCGAUGCCGAGGCGGUAUAUUCAAAUAAGAACGAUCCGAUUGAUACAACGACUUCUCGCGCGAUCAUCCGAGUGUGCAACAUCAUUCGAGUGUUGGCUCGGCAUCACGUCCCGUUGACGGAUCAUUUGAUAGAACAGGCAUAUGAAUGGGUGAUUGACCAGAAUAUUCAGAUUGUGGAUAUAUUGAACGAAGAGAAUGGAGAGUCACUGGUCGCGAAUGUUCCGGCUCUUAUUGCGCGACGAUAG